AAGGCCGUAAGGCCCGUAACCAGAUUUGUUUGAAAGAAGCGAAAAAUAGAGGUGUUACGGUUGAGCUGCAGUGCCACAACCAAGAAAUACAGUAAUAAGAAGAAGACGAAGACGACGACAAUGAAGGGUCAAGCAUCAGGCUACUGGAGGUCUUCAGCCGUCAAGUUCAGGAUCCCAACCGCCCAGAAUUUGGUACCAAUCAGAUUGGACAUAGAACUCGACGAUGGUCACAAGUUCAAAGACACUUUCACUUGGAACCCUUCUGAUCCUGAUUCUGAAAUUGUUGUCUUUGCCAAAAGGACUGUCAAAGACUUGAAGCUCCCUCCUGCAUUUGUUACCCAUAUUGCUUCCUCCAUUCAGUCCCAGUUAGCUGAAUUUAGGUCGUUUGAAGGUCAAGAUAUGUAUGCUGGCGAGAAGAUAGUUCCUAUUAAGCUUGAUCUUCGUGUAAACAAUAUUCUUAUAAAGGACCAAUUUUUGUGGGACAUGAACAACUUUGAGAGUGAUCCCGAAGAGUUUGCGAAAACCUUCUGCAAAGAUUUAGGCAUUCAAGACCCUGAAGUUGCUCCUGCAAUUGCUUUUUCAAUCAGAGAACAAUUGUAUGAGACUGCAAUUCAAAGUGUAGCUUCAGCAAGAGAAAGCCGAAUCAGCAAGAAGGGACGCCGAGGGACCGAGCACACACCAACCAGAGUUAGUGGUGUUGCUUUGGACUUAGUGAAGUUAUUUGGGCAUAAAUCCAGUGUUGUUCGGUAUGUCUUCAUAUUACUUGUUAUACUUAUAUGGCAUAUGGAUAAUAUAUUUAUGUUAGAAGCUUGUAGCAUAUUUGCUUUAUAUUCAAUACUAGAGACACCACCAAUACCGUAUAUGCUAUCAGUGCAGAAUUUACAUCCGGUACAGCCAGCCACAGUUGCAAACCUCGAGUUACUUACUCAAGUUAUCAUCUUUUUCUACAUAAUUAAGAUGUCUAUUUUUCUAUAAUCGAAAGUCAUUUUCCAUUCAUUGCUGACAAUUCAUCUUCAACCUAAAUUAGAUCCUGAAGCAGAUAUGAAUUUGUGAGGUUUAUUCCUUCAUUGAGAUAUUGGAUUUUUCUUUGGCCUUACUAUUGUUUUGGGGUACUAUUACAUCCUAAGUGACUUGAAUGGAAAAAUGAACCCCAUUCUAUGCUCAAGAGUCACUUCUAGUGUCAGAUUUCAAGAACAUUCCCUAAUGUCAGCAUCUUCUUGCUCUAAAUUCUAGUUUUACUUCAAGUAUAAAGAAUUCUUAAAACAGUUAAUAUUCCAACGAUGUCCCUUGUAGUAGCUGAUAACAUAUAACAACAAUUGUAAGAGCAAAAGAAGAGAUAUUGGAAAAAACCAAGAAUAGGGGAGCCCUUAUACAAUCUGUCAAAAUACUCAGAGAUUCAUAAAUUUGCAUAUUUCUCUAAAUGAGGUUGUUGGCAAGCACUUACUUUUUAAGCCCAUUGCAAUUUGCAAUAUGUGGAUAUGGUUUGAUUGCAUUUCUUUUUUCUUCCAUUUGACUGGUUUAGUUUGUUGCUUUCAAGAUUUUUGGCUGAGGAUCAAUUGUUCUUGUUCAAAAUAUCAGGAAGAGGAAAGAGUGGGACAUAUACGAACCCAUUGUGGAUCUUUUAUCUAACGAAGAGGUGGAUGCUCUUGAAGCAAGAGAAGAGAGGAAUGCACGGUGAAUUAGAGUAUUGCAGUUGUAACCUUCAUUUUUUAUUUUUAUUUUUUUGAGAAAGAAAGAUCACUGUUUUGUAACCAUAAAUGAGCCAUUCUAGUGUAAAUGGUAUAAUGGAUUGUUAAAUCACUAUUUUGUAACCAUAAAAUAAACUACACUGCACUCCCCAAGUAUCUACUAGUUAACUUAUCACCUUAGAUUGUACAGUUAAAGGCUACGCAAAAUCAUCAAUCUACACAGAUCACGUAGUCUAGUUUAUUAUUUUUCCUA